AUGAUGCACACAAGCCCAGCAACCGGAGCAAGUGGUCAUUCGAGCGCCCAUCCGCCGCCCGACGGCCAAUCGGCCGACGCGGUGGAGGUGAAACUGGACUACGAGAGCCUGGACAGUCUGGAGGCAGGCAGCGCUGACUCUGGCCACCUCUCCUCGGCCUCCAUGGAGAUCAGCAUGACGGACGAGGCGGAGCCAGGCCUGGCGCCGGCCCACCCCUUGGCGUAUCCCGGCCAGUAUACAGCCGGUGUGCGGCAGUCGGAGAGACAAGUGGAGCGAAGAAGGAGUGAACGAGGCGACAGUCAAAAAAGGGUUGAUGAAGAAGAGGAAGAAGGAGGCGACGAUGACGACGACGACGACGACGACAACGACGACGACGGUGAUGGUGAAGGCGAGAGUGAGGGCGACGGCGACGUUGACGGCGACGGUGACGGCGACGGCGAGGGGGUCGAGGAGAGUCUGGGAGAGGAUGAGUAC